UGUGCUUCAUUCCAGUUCUUUUUGAAGGAGGAAUUCUACGAUUUGAAAUACAGCAUCCCUUUUGUUUCCAGCAAAGAUGGCUUCUAUGUAUCUAUGACUAAUGUAACUAUAAGACUUUUAGUAGCUCAAAUGACAAGUUCAAGUCCAUUGGUUUCUGGUGUCAGUAGGUUUAGGUGUUGUCAGGCUUAUCCAAAGUUGUAGGCUCAUUGCAUGGGAAAUAUGGAAGCCCGUGGGGAUCACUGAAUCACGGGGGACUACAAGAAUGUUAUAAAGAUCGGUUUCCUCUCUCUUGCUGAAGCUCACAGCGAUUUUCCUAUUUUCCUCUUUCUUUCUAUGCUGUUGUCCACUUUUUACUUUCUGCAGUGGCAUCAAUGGUUUUGUUCUUGCCUGCUAACCUUGAGGUUGUGGUUUCAAACUAGAGGCAUACGCUUUCUACAUAUAAUGUCAAAAUGAUGGUUCAUGGUUUGCGCAUCAAGAACGGCAAAGCAACAUAUGUUUCCCGUUAUGUAAAGACAUCACGUCUUAAACAAGAAGAGUUUUUGGGAGGAGCCAAAUUUAUGAAGAUUGGUGACCUCAAGGGGCUUUUUGGUUUGCUUAUGUUUAACAUGCAAAUGCUGAGAGGAAAGCUGAAAGUAUUGGAUCUUUCAUAUGGAGAUGGAACUGCUAACACAGCUCUCGUAUAUCAUGAUGGCAAGCUCUUGGCUCUUCAAGAGGCUGAUAAACCAUAUGUCGUUAAAGUCCUGGAAGAUGGAGACCUACAAACACUUGGCAUGUUUGAUUAUGACAAGAGAUUGGCACAUUCUUUCACUGCUCAUCCGAAAGUUGACCCAUUCACUGGUGAGAUGUUUACAUUUGGCUAUUCAACCACACCACCGUACAUUACCUACAGAGUAAUUUCGAAGGAUGGUUUCAUGCAAGAUCCUGUGCCAAUAACAAUAUCAGAACCUAUCAUGAUGCAUGACUUUGCCAUUACUGAGAAUUAUGCGAUUAUCAUGGAUCUUCCAAUGUACUUCCGACCAAAGGAAAUGGUGAAGGAUAACAAACUGAUCUUCACAUUUGAUGCAACUAAAAAAUCUCGCUUUGGCAUCCUUCCAAGGUAUGCGAAGGAUGAGCUCUUAAUCAAAUGGUUUGAGCUUCCUAAUUGCUUUAUAUUCCAUAAUGCCAAUUCAUGGGAGGAAGGGGAUGAAGUUGUUUUGAUCACUUGUCGCAUUCAGAAUCCAAAUAUAGAUUUGAUUAGUGGGGAGGUCAAAGAAAACUUUGAGACAGAUGAACUGUAUGAGAUGAGAUUUAACAUGAAAACUGGUCUGGCGUCGCAGAAGAAGCUCUCAGUAUCUGCAGUAGAUUUUCCAAGAGUGAACGAGAGCUACACUGGAAGGAAACAGCAAUUUGUAUAUGGAACCAUGCUGGACAGCAUCACAAGGGUCACUGGAAUUAUCAAAUUUGAUUUGCAUGCUGAACCUGAGUCUGGAAAAACGAAGCUUGAAGUUGGAGGAAAUGUUCAAGGCAUUUUUGACCUAGGACCAGGUAGAUUUGGUUCAGAGGCUAUUUUUGUCCCUCGCAAGCUUGGUAUUUCUUCUGAAGAAGAUGAUGGCUACUUGAUAUUCUUUGUACAUGAUGAGGCUAGUGGAAAAUCAGCAGUAAAUGUAAUCGAUGCGAAGACAAUGUCAGCUGAUCCUGUUGCAGUGGUUGAAUUACCAAAUAGAGUUCCUUACGGAUUCCACGCCCUUUUUGUUACAGAGGAGCAACUUCAAGAACAAGCAAAACUAUGAGCGUUUGAAGUGGCGUAACGUAAUCAAUGGGAUGAACUUGUUUGUAAAAAAAGGAGUGACGUGAUUAUGCAAAUGGUUGAAGUACAGUUCCAAAGGCAGUGGGAAACUUUUAUGUAUGUGAAGUAAGGCACUCUUGAUCGGCCAGUAUCGUAUCUAGACAACACAAGUAUUGUAUAUGAUGUUCACCAUUAAAAUAGGAAAGUGAUUUUGGCACUUCCCAUUUAGCCAUUGACACUCUACUUUUUGUCUUUAUUCUAUGUGAAAUUACCAAAUUACCUUUUAUUUUUUAGUAUUCAUCCAUUUUAAAGGGUAUUGUUGUAAUUUUAAGUAAAAAAAAAGUUUAGUGCCAAAAUUAAUUUCCUUUAAAAUGAUUUGUAAAAAUAUUACUACGAGACAGCAUUAUACUUUGGCAAUGCUACUUUGAUACGUUUGCUGUAA